CCGGUAUUGUCCGGUGUGAGUCUGCGCAGCACGAGAGCAACCCGGAAAUAACAGAAAUGUAUAAUCUCAUUUGUUUCUAAUGGUCUUGGCAGCACCUUCUUGUGAGUCCCACUAUGGCUGCUGCUGUGACAUCAGAGGACCAGAAGUUCUGCUUGCGGGAGGUUCUCUCCACCUUCAAGGUGUGUCUGUCCGAAAACAACGAGGUUAUUCUGGAAAACUACGUGUCUGGCUGGCGUGGGCUUGUAAAGUUCUUGAACAGCCUGGGGACCGUCUUUGGCUUCAUUUCCAAGGAUGCUGUGAAUAAGAUCCAGAUUCUGGUGAAUUUGCUGAAUGGAGAGACGUCCUCUCACUAUAUGACUGUGCAGUCCAUGGUCCAGUAUGAGCUUGACAACGGCCUGGUGGAUCUGGACAAGCGAGGCAGCCACCCCGAGUCAGGCUGCCGUACUUUGCUGAGGCUGCACCGUGCUCUCAGGUGGCUGGAACUGUUUCUGGAGCGCUUGAGGACCAGCACGGAGGACAGCAAGACCUCCGCCAUGUGCGCCGAGGCCUACAACGAGUCCCUGGCCGUGUACCACCCGUGGGUAGUGCGCAAGGCCGCAGGCAUGGCCUUCUGCAUGCUCCCUGGCCGCCCCACUUUCUUUGAGGUAAUGAACGUGGGCCCGCCAGAACAGGUGGUGGCCAUGCUGGGGGAAGCGGUGCCGCUCAUUUCGCAAGUACACCAGGUCACUGAGGAACUUUACGCAAAGAACAACCUGCUGAACUUGCCAUAGAAAUAUUCACUGUCAACAUGGCUGCCACUAGUGACUGCUUAUUGAGGGACUGCAAUAUCUGCAUGGUGAGAAACUACAUCCAUAUCGAUUGUAAAAUGCUGGUGUGGCUAAAUUGCAACACAUAUUUGUAACUUAUAUUCAUUAAUUUCAAUAAAUACAAGUGUGAUGUAAUGUUUUUCUAUUACGUCCGGUACAAAUAUUUUAGCAUAUAAUCUAUUGAAUGUAGAAAACAGACUUGACCAAACGUAUGCAAUGUUGUUAACUGCUAAAUGUUUGGACAACAUGAGUUUUCUUCACCAUGCUUAUUAUAGUAAUGGUCGUUUUUAUCAUUCCAUCCAAAAUAAGUAUAAGCUUUGUCACUGCAUAUGACGUCCUCUGCAUGUUGGAGGUUGCUGUAAUGAUGCACUGAACUUGUUAGAAGUGACUUUUAAAAAUAAAUAAAAUAUGUGCUGAAAAGAUA